UCCGCUGACGUCACUGCGUAUGUCAGGGCUGCAGCUGUCUGAGAGCAACAAUAACAAGCUCUACCAAAAAACUUAAACUCGGCUUAAACGGUACCUGACAGCGCCAAAUACCACCGAAUUUUUCAAAAUGCGGUUGUCGAAAUAACUCAGGCCUCCGUUUCCUCGUUGUCCGAGUCGAAAUCCGGGUUUAUCGUCGCCGCCACCGCCGCCAAACAAACACGGAGACUCGGCCGCAGGGGGAACAGGGCAGUUCGGAGCUGCAUCUGGGUCAGUGGGCCUGUCGGUGGCUGUACCGGUUGUUUUCUUAUCCCAGCAGUGUCCCAUUGCGCCUGUCAUUCGUUUAUAUACACAUCGUUUCAUCUGCUUAAACAGCGGUAACAUGCAGGCUAACGGGGCAGGACAGGACCGAGAUUCAGAACUGUCCUGCCAAAACGGUGCGCAGAAUGGUGAGUCGUCCUCCAGCGGAGUAGCUCACUCCAAUGGACUGGAGUCGGGCACCAACAAUGGAAACACUGUCAGCAGCAACAACAACGGAGUGUCAGUCCAGCCUGCGUCCAACAACGCUACCAGCACGUCGGAUGUCAACUCGGGCGUGAAAAAGAAGAAGCGUCUGUCUCAGUCUGAGGAGGAUGUCAUCCGGCUGAUAGGACAACAUUUACACGAUUUAGGUCUCAAUCAGACGGUGGACCUCCUGAUGCAGGAGUCUGGAUGCAGACUCGAGCACCCCUCUGCCACCAAGUUCCGCAAUCAUGUCAUGGAAGGAGAGUGGGAUAAGGCUGAGAGUGAUCUAAAUGAACUGAAGGCAUUGAUGCAUUCUCCAAGUGCUAUAGUGCGGAUGAAGUUCCUGCUGCUGCAGCAGAAGUAUCUGGAGUAUCUUGAGGAUGGGAAGGUACUGGAGGCUCUGCAGGUCCUCAGAGCUGAACUCACUCCGCUCAAGUACAACAUUGAGCGUAUCCACAUUCUGAGCGGGUACCUGAUGUGCUGUCAUGCAGACGAUCUGCGAGUCAAAGCAGAGUGGGAAGGCAAAGGCACAGCAUCCCGAACAAAGCUGCUGGACAAGCUGCAGACAUACCUGCCUCCGUCAGUGAUGCUGCCUCCUCGCCGCCUGCAGACUCUGCUGAAGCAGGCGGUUGAGCUGCAGAGGGAGCGCUGCCUCUACCACAACACCAAGCUGGACAGUGGGUUGGACUCUGUGUCUCUGCUGCUGGACCACGCCUGCAGCCGGAAGCAGUUUCCCUGCUACACUCAGCAGAUUCUCACUGAACACUGCAAUGAAGUUUGGUUUUGCAAGUUCUCCAACAACGGCACAAAACUGGCAACCGGGUCCAAAGACACCACAGUCAUUGUGUGGCACGUGGACACGGAAACCCAGCAGUUGAAGUUGAUGAAGACUCUGGAGGGUCAUGCUUAUGGUGUUUCAUACCUGGCAUGGAGCCCUGAUGAUGUGUAUCUGAUAGCCUGUGGUCCGGAUGACUGCUCUGAGCUGUGGCUGUGGAAUAUACAGACGGGGGAGUUACGGACAAAGAUGAGUCAGUCUCAUGAAGAUAGCCUGACCAGCGUGGCCUGGAAUCCAGAUGGUAAACGCUUUGUCACCGGAGGCCAGAGAGGCCAGUUCUACCAGUGUGACCUGGAUGGAAACCUCCUGGACUCAUGGGAAGGAGUUCGGGUACAGUGCCUGUGGUGUCUGAGUGAGGGCCGGACCGUCCUUGCAUCCGACACCCACCAACGUAUCCGUGGAUACAACUUUGAGGAUCUGACGGACAGAAACAUAGUGCAGGAGGACCACCCCAUCAUGUCUUUCACUGUUUCCAGAAAUGGCAGGUUAGCUUUGCUCAAUGUUGCAACUCAGGGAGUGCACCUAUGGGACCUGCAGGACCGGGUGCUGGUGAGGAAGUACCAAGGGGUGACCCAGGGCUUCUACACCAUCCACUCCUGCUUCGGAGGGCACAAUGAAGACUUCAUCGCUAGUGGCAGUGAAGACCACAAAGUUUACAUCUGGCACCGGCGCAGUGAGCUGCCCAUCGCAGAGCUGACCGGUCACACCCGCACAGUCAACUGUGUGAGCUGGAACCCCGUCCUGCCUGGACUGCUGGCCAGCGCCUCUGACGAUGGGACCGUCCGAAUCUGGGGACCCGCCCCCUUCCUGGAUGUCCAGGAUGCAGAGGGGCACAAUGGUAUGAACAUGAAAACUAGGUAGACUGAAUAUUAGGAAGAGCAACAAAGGACUCCUGGGUUACUUUGACACAGAGUGACUCGGCUGAUUUUAUUUUCCAUUCUGGCAGCAAAAAGCAUGAGCGGCUGCGUGUGUACACAGAGCAGCAGAGGAUGAUGAUGAUGUGACCUGUCUUUUUCCUGUGCUGUCAGAAUGUUGCAGCAUGGACAGCUGAUGAUCUGCUGCUGUGAACCUGAGGAGCAUUAAGACUCUGUAGACACUUGAAUGGAUGAAGCAGGACAAGCUUUGGUCAUUAGACAGCAGCCUCCUGGAGACGGGGCCCGUGGUGCUGCAUGUCAAGAUGUCACAACACAGAGAUGUCAGACCCAGUCACAUUAUUGCGAGCAGAGCCGGCCGUGUGAAGCUUGGCUCCACGACCUCCGGUAUCUGACCCACCUCCUCCUGUCCAACCCGUUCCCUCAGCACCAUCCAGGACCACCCACCUCUUAUUUAUUAUCAACUGCAUUAUUUAUUCAUGAGUAGUUCUCUGACUUGUGCUAGGCUGUGACGUAGCAGCGCCUUGUGGAGGAUGUGUGUUCUUAGUUUUCCUCAGUCCUGAGUGAGCUGCUCACAACAAGAAGCAGAAUAACUGUUUUCCUCUUUCACCUCCUGAACCUAUUUAGAGAUUUUAACUAUAGAAACACGUGAUGGAUGCACCUAUUUGGAGAGUAUCUUUUAAAUAAAGAAAUCUACGUUAUCUUGUCUUUUUUCAUGCAGAGCACAUUUUAUUAGUUUUUUCCCCUCCAGCUUUGCUGCUCAUAGCCAGAGAGAAUAGUAUUUGAUGAGCAUGUUUCAUAGGAUUGCUAAGGACACUAGCAGUAUGUCCGGCUAUAUCUGUUCAAAUGCAUUGAGCUGUUGGAUGCCUUCUGAGAGUGUACAGCAGCCAAUGUGAGGAAAACUUUAGAGUUCAAAGGAUUAUCUGUCGACCCCUGCGUAUGGAUUAUCUGUGGAAUUUCCUUCAUGCCAUCAGUGUGGAUUUGCUCUUUAUUUUGCUUUGACAUCUCUGCUCUAGCUUCUGUAUUUACUCUUUAUUUCUGUUUCCAUUGCAGCCUGUUGACAUUUGGUCCUCUUCGUAUGAAUUUCACUUGGUUUAGUUACAUGUUCUAAGUUUAACUUAUCACGGUGUUUGUGUUUUAUUUACUACAAGUGGAGAUAUAACAUUGAAAGAGACACUCCCUCAUGUAUGGCUUUUAUUUAUUUCCCCAGUGGAACCCCCACAAUCCUGACUCAACUGUGAACUGUGUUUAAAGAUAAGGCUGGUGUUAUUCUGGUGUUACCCUGUCACAUGUGUUGCUCUCUGAAUAUUUGAGGCAACAUAAAAUGUGUGGAAUUGAGUCAAAGUGUGUGUCUGUGUGAGUGUGACACAGAGGAAUAAUAUAUAUCAGGCGCUGAUACAUACACUACUUUUUAGUAGGACAGUCAUUAUUUUAGAUUCAUGAUGAAAAGAAAGAAGUAGAACAUUUCCAGCCUUAUCCUUUAAGUGUAGCACCAGUGAGCUGACACACAGUAACAACAUGAUGGAGUGUAUUUGUAACAUUCGACGUUUAACACAUUUAUAUACAAGUGUAACAAAAGGUUAUUAUGAACUUCUACAAAGUGUUUCCCUUCAGAGAGUUAAAAGAGCAAUCUUGCCUAAUAUGAUAUUCUAUGAUGUGCUGUAUAUUUGUUUGUUAUGGCAUGUAUUAUGAGGCUGUGUAGAAAUGGCAGACAGGAUGACGUGUUUCAGGGUUCCCAUGCCUGGUUUUUUUUUAUGUCAAAUUCUGAAAGGUUUCAGCUGCUCUUUCAGAGCUUCAUACCAAAUUUUCUCGACUGCACUACUGUUUCAAAUCCACAAAAACUUACACUUUAGAUAUUUAAUUUUUUUCUUUUUGUGACAUUUUUCCAAACUGCUUCUACAGAGAAUUAUUUUUCCAAAACCUUUCCAGUGCUUGACGAUAACUGCAGGACUGUGGGAACCCUGUUCAUCUGCCCAGAUGCCAUCGCCAGCUUGAACUCUUCCAUCACAGCAUAUACACACGCUCGUGGUACACAACAAUAGAUGUCUCACACACACUUGAUUUAAUCACAGAAGUGGUGUUCUAGCUUUUGCAACUUUCUUUGUUUAUUCCGAGUAUUGCAGGCUUCUCUUCUCGCUGUGAGAAGCCAAAGUAGGAACUUAGUUUGCUUGCAGGCAAUUUCUGCCAGAAAACCAUUUUACAUUUUAAAUGUGUUAUUACAAAGUGAUUGUACUGUUCUGUAUUGUAUGUAGGAGAAGUGUUAUGUAUGCAUAUUUUAAAUAAAGCAUUCAGGGUUUUAAAAUUUAAA